AUGGAACUUCAAGAGAUGUUUCGUUAUGGGUAUAUGUAUCCACCUCGCGAGAACAAAGUUGGAUCCUGUACUUACUUGGAAUUACCGAAUUACACGAGUUACACGGGCAAAACAAAAUCAGGUUUGCCUCCAGUGAGCACUUUGGCAGUACCUCGUUGCGUAAUAUACGAAAGUUAUAGAAACGAUGAUUGGCAUACUCCGAGUCCUACGACAAGUUUACGAUCUGUUAGUCCUGCUACGACACUUUCUUCGGAAUCGGAGACUAAUGUAACCGGUGCACCCUCCUAUCAUCUUUUGUCUGGAGCAACGGAAGAUCAAAAAUAUACGAAUAAGAGAAUAAAUAAUGGUACUGAUUGUAUCGUUGUUGGGAAAACGCGAUCAUCGCGUUUGGAUACCGUUGAACUUGGAGAAGAAUUAGAUGUGGAUGCUGAUGGGGACACUGAACAAGAUAAGACUCAAUCCUGUCAUGGAAGUGUCGUUAGCAACUCGAGUAGUCUUUCCGAUCGAACAAUGGAUGCCGAUAGUGAAGACGACGAAGAAAUGAGCGAUGGUCCUGAUUCGUCUGGUAAUCCUACUUCUUCUGGACGUGACGCAAGAAGACGUGGCAAAUACGUUAGUUCUACAACGGUUAAAAAACGAAGAUUAGCUGCUAAUGCCAGAGAAAGAAGACGAAUGCAAAAUCUUAAUAAAGCUUUCGACAGGCUUAGAGCUUAUUUACCUUCCCUUGGAAAUGAUAGACAAUUAUCUAAAUACGAGACACUUCAGAUGGCACAAUCUUACAUAACUGCACUUUACGAUCUUUUACAAUAA